AUGACAGAAUCUAUUGCAUAUAGUCCACGUUUUAUAAACAUUCUUGAAUCUCAAGAUGAGAUAAUUGAAGAAUUAAUGAAAGAACUUGAGAUGUGUAAAAAAGAAUUAGUUGUAAAAAGUGGAGGAACCAAAAAAAAAGGUGAAAUUCUUAAAAAAGAAAUAUUAAAAGAAGGUAUUAUUAGUGAUAUUCAAAGAAAGAUGGCUUUUGUCAUGGAUUUGGUUGAUGAUCUUCAAAAUCAAAAUAUGAAAUUAGAAAAAGAUGUAGAAAUUGUUAAACAUAGUAUUAAAGAUGUAGAUAAAAUUAAAAGAUUUGAGGGUAUACUUGAUGAAAUGAUAGUAUUAAAAAAAGAAAUUGAAAUAUUACGUGAAGAAAUUAAGGUGAAAGAAAAAUUUACUAAGCAAAUAAGUGAAGAACUUCAACGACAGGAAGAAAAAUUUGAAAAUACAAUAACAAAAAUAAAUAAUGAACUUUAUCAAUAUCACAAUGAUAAUGAAUUAUUGAGAAGGAAAAUUAGUGAUCUUGAGAAAGAAAAAGAAAUAUUAUUGAGUCGUUUACAAAGUAUUGAAAUUUAUAAUGAAACAAUUGUAAAUAAAAAACUUUUAGAACAUGAAAAAGUGGAAGAAGAUGAUUUUAAAAAAUUAAUUGAAGAUCAAAAAACUUUAAUAGAAUCAUUAAAAAAAGAGAAUGAAGUAAUUUAUGAUAAAAUGAGAAAUAUGGAUGAAGCGUUUCAAUCUAAAGUUGGUAAAUUAAGAAAGGAUAAAAAAAAUCUUAAACUUUUAUUAAAAAGACAUUUUAAUGAGAAUUUGGAUGAAUAA